AUGCCUCAACACCGUACUAAGGCUCGUUAUUUAUUGGGAGUCAUUUUGUUGGUGCUUUGUUUCAGCGGUUAUACUUUGCUGGAGAGUACACUGGCCACAUCAUCUACUUCCGACCUCCCGUCAAUCAAAGACACACCCAAUCUUGAUUCAAAGCAACAAACACCCUUAGAAACUCCAAAACAAUUAUCAAAGGAGGUGUAUGAUAAAGUAAUGGCUACGAUGGAUGCCCUUCUCAAACGGCUACACCAACAACAUUUAUCCCUCAAAACGCAAGUAGAGAAUGCUCAAAUGCAGCUCUUGAUCGCCCAACAGGACGAACAACACGCCCGUACCACCUACGAGAAACUUCAAAAGCAAUACUUCGCAUCCAAAUUAAAGAGAGCAUCUGCAGCAGCCAAGCUGAAAGCUGCUUUGAAAGCAUUCAAACAAGCACAGAAAGAAUCAAGCAAAUCGCUCUCCCGAUACAACAAAAUGAUCAAGGCAAAGACCGAUGUUGACGGAAAAUAUCAACAGGAACGAAAGAAAUUGGCAACUCUCAAGAAGAAGGCUCAAGAAUUGUUAGAUAUUCGCAACAAACAACAGAAAAUGAAUUAA